ACAGCAUGUUUACCAUAAUUUCAGGACUGCCCGUGUAUGUUUGGCGGAAUCAAUCGCCCCAAUGUACAGCCACCACUCUCCGUGGACUUUGAACAAGGAAUCAUCUUCAUCCUCAUCACAGUAUUCAGACAAUUUUCUUUUAUUUCUCGAGCGGAAUUUUGACAACCUGAUUUUAUAAUCAGUCAGAUCAGAAUUGGUGGAUGAUUCAUAUCUCCGUAUCUACCCUGGAUUAACUUGACACGUUCUCACUUCAAAAUCGGAAUAUUUUGGAAUUGAACCUAUAGCAUCCGAAUAGCAACGGAGGAAGGACGUGGGUGUUGAAACACUUUUGUGUCUGAAACUUCCUUUGUACAGCCUUCAUCUUUUUGGAUCUUGUGUAAACUUGACUCUUUGGAAAUCCCGACGAAUUAUCAAUAUGGAAAUAGAAAAUGAUGCGAUAGGAGAAGUUGGGUGUCAUCUAACAUGGCCAGAACUUCUUAAAAUAACUCAGGAACAGCUUGAACGGUCCUGGAACUCACUUGAAACGCGGAAGGUAGAAUUUUCUGAGCUGCCGACAUAUUAUUGCUCCAUCAAAAACCUUCAGGGGUUCAUCUUGUAUUCACUGAAUGAUCAGAAAACAGCUGAAGAAAAGUUUGAUGAAAUCAUGGAGUUGGACCCUAACAACAUCAUCGCAACUGGAAACCUGGCAGUUCUCUAUAGGCGCCAGUCCAAAUUGAAACUUUUCCAUGAAUUCAUAAAGAAGUUACAGAAGCUACUGUCUGAUCGAGACCCUGUAUAUCUCGCUCGUGCGUAUGCUGAUCGCGCCCAUGCGAUUCGCCACUUUGAACAGGACGUUCGUCCUUUCAGUUACACGGCCUUCAUUAAGAAGGCAGUCGAGAUCGGAGCUGAGACCGACGUCCCAGAAAAGGCUGAAUGGAUUUUCGACUACGGCCUCGCUCUUUACCGCAGAGACAGUCAGCUAGUUGCAGGACAAGCAGCAAUGGCAGUGACAGAACCCAGCUUCAAGGAAGCCAUCGUGUGCUUUGCCUCUGUCACAGAAAUGGUGGAUGCUCCACCGGCCUAUCGCGCCCUCUCCUGGGUGUUUAUGGGAAUUCUCUUACGGACUAAGACAUCAAGAUCCCUUGGACAGGCCUUACUCGAUACUACUCACCUCCAUUCAUAUACGUCAAUGGACUGUUAUGAGCAGGCACUGUCACUGCAGCCUGAUCAUCACAUUGUGCUACGGAGAGUUGCCUCUGAACUGACCUUGAUGAAGCAGUUCGACCGUGCAGAGAAAAUGUUCCAAAAGUCAAUUGAAAAGGAAGCUUCGUGGUUCGGACAUCGCCACUUAGGUUUGCUAUACCUAGCUAUGUACGAGGAUGAUUAUGGUAAUGAUUCGAAAGUAACAUCGGAACAACUCAGUCUACUAGCGAAGGCUCAAGAGCAAUUUCAGACAGCACUGAAAUUCAAGCAGGUCCACGCAGAUCAUUCUGAUCUAGGUUACAUAGCCUUUCUCAGAGGUGAUUACGACACAGCCGUUCAAGAAUUCAGUCUUGCAGUGCGGUCUAGCCAUGACGACAAUUUCGACAUCGUCGAAACACACUCACGGUGGGCACGGUGCCUCAAGAAAAUGGGCGAAGAAGAGGGCGCCCUUCUGCAGCUUUCAGAAGUUCAGAAAGCCCAGAAGAGACUGCAGAAGCAGGUUGAAAUCUUACGAAACAUCUUUACGCACAAUCACGGCAUCAAUUGCUGUGGUUUUGAAUGCGACUUAUCACGAUUUGACUACUGCUCUUCCGAACGACAAGGAUUCGUGAACAUUUUAUCCGAGAAUCAAUGUGCUUACAUCAAUCCUCUUUCACCUCUUCUGCACCGUCAACCCAGCUCGUACAAGUUUGAUUUCUUCGUCAGCUUCACCCACAUCGACCACAAAUGGACAGUCUCGUUCGUGAAGAGACUGGAAAAGGAUUUCGACGUCCGAGGUUGCAUCCGCUACCGUGAUUACGCGUACGGUGCGACCAUCGCAGAAAACAUCGCAGAGAACAUCGACGAAUCAUAUCGGAUAAUUCUGAUCUUGAGUCCCGAUUCGCUCAGGGAUCACUGGUGCCGUUAUGAGCUUCAGAGAGCGCACAUCGAAACCCUGAAGAGAAGGUGCAUCGUACCUGUACUUUUGCGGACGUGCAAACUACCCCGAGAAGUCGAGAAUCUCACGCACAUCAAGUGUAACCGGGGCCAGUUUGCAUUGGAGGACUGGUAUCGGCUUCGAGAAACUCUUCGACAAGACGAAAAGAAGACCAAGAUGAACUUGGACAGUUGACUAUCUGUACCAGCAUCUCAUACUGAGAUGGGAUCAGAAAUUAAAUCUGGUAUGAAAAAAAUUCCUGUCAAAUUGAAAAGGACGUUGCGCAGAUAUGUUAUGCAUUAACGUUGGUAACUUUCUCAAUUUCUUUGUCGUAUAGGUUUAAAAACAAUAAUUAGAAAAAUAUAGCAUCCUUGUAGUCAGAUAACCAUGACAACAAUAAUAAGCCAUUAUUUCCGUGUUUUUGACUGCAUAAUUAUACUCAAGAAUCGCUUGCCAACGCCAUUUAACCAGUUCACAGACAUAGGUCAAAAAGAGAAAACACAAAUUACAGUUUCCAAUCCACCAGUCAAUGAAUCCUCACUUUACUUUGCCACUACUUUAAGCAUGUUCAUCCAAGUCGUGGAAUCAUUUUGCCCGGCCCCCGCCCCCCCCCCCCGGAUGUAUAUUCAAAAUCAAUCUUUAUUCGAUUUGUAGUAUUUUAAAUGCAUUCGAAAACACACACACCCUGUAUGAAUGGAGGUACUUAGAAAUUUGGCUAUCUGAAUUUUGAGAGGAUUUCUUUUAAUUUUGACUUUCCGAAAUUUGUAAGGAGGUUAAAUGCAGCUUUACCUCCCGCCCGACCCUUCAUUAUUAUAUCUGAUUCUGAUAGCCCCUAUCCCCAUUGAUUGCAUAUAGCCGUAAAGGGUAGACCCACAAUGUAUACGUGAUAUAGGCAGAAGUGUUAUAGCUCUGAUUGGUAUUAACAGUAAGCAUUCCAUCCAUUAAUAGGGAGUUUUAAUUCACACCGCUACUCAGAACGAAUCCUCGAACACAACAUUGAAAAUGCAAUUUGAAUUACAAUGAAAAAAUGGGAGGUCUUUGUCGAAAAAUGGUGAAGAGUAGUUUUGUUUUACGUUUGGGAGCUGACGAAAAAUUGCACAUAAUGUCGUUUGUCCAGAGUCCAGGACGAAACUGCUGUUUCGAUCCACCAACCCUCGACAAAGACUUCGUUGUCAUGAAUGAUAUUUGACAAUAGAUUCUCUAUGUUCUUGAAAGCGUUCUGUGUGGAGGGUGCGAAAAUUCCGUGAUUAAUCUACACUAAUGGGUUGAAUAUUUCACCCUUUAACUGUCACACUGGAAGCUCUUUCGAAGGCUAAACUUUUCACUAAAAAUAUGCCUUUUCCACCUUUAUGAGUUGUACAGGCGGCUACAUUCUACACCAUGAAGGGGGUUCAUGUAGAGUUGAACCGUCUACAAUUGGUCAAAAUCUGCAGCCUUUGAAUGCAAAAUCUCUGCACCAUUGAACUCUGCAGAGUUCCAGCAUUUAGGGUGCAAACAAGACAAAAGGGAUGUAUAUUUUCAUGUGGUUGCACGAUAUUACACCAAAAUGUGCCACCAUUGUGGCAUGGGGUGCAGAUUUAACCUAACACGAGUUAUCAGAGUUAUUUUAAAUAUGAAAUAAUAAGAUUUUCAUGAAUGUGCUCCCAGUUCUUAGUAAUUCGAAGCAAUUUCAUAUGUUUAUAUUGUACAUGUAUAGAUAUCUAUUUUUUUCAUGAAAAUAGAUCUAAAUUCUCUAAUAUUUGUUUAUCUAAGACAUCACAUGAUUAUCAUGAUAAUGAUAACUUAUAUUUGAGAUGAACAUAUAUAUAUAUAUAUAUAUAUAUAGACACAUUUAUUUGCAGCGAAAUUUUAUGUAUUCUCAUUUUUUACAGAGUGACAAGAUAACAGAAUGUUCAUUCGAUGUGUGCCUUUAUAAUUGAUAAUUAAAAAAAAAAUAUGUUUAACGCUAAAUGAAUCGGUAAAAAAAUAUGGUACUUUAUUUUGAUGAAAGGAUAUUCACAACGUUUAAAAAAAAUUAAUAUGUAUAUUAUUACUUAAGUUGUAUACUCAAAAUUACCCUUUCCUGCAUGGUGGGAGUAAUUGAAUAUAGAUUCGAAAAUUCUCGGGGAUUUUCUCUUCCUCUUAAGUAGAAGUGUAAUAGCAUUGGUAAUAUCUUCAUAACAUAAUAGCAAAUUGUUUUCGAUUGGAUAUUUUAUUAGAAAAUGAACAUGGUUUCUAUUUAUUACAUAUUCUGACUAUCAAUAUUACUAAGACGCUCUUUACUUUGUAUAACUUUAGACUGUGUACAGUGAUGUGGUGCAUUUGUUCCGGGGGCACUGUAAGGUGGCCUCCAUGCUUGGACUUUCAAAAUGGACCCUAAAAAAAAGCAUCCACCGAUCUCCAUGAUCUCAGAGUACCCUAAACAAGUAUUUGUCAUGUUUUCUUACCCUGAAUAAUGCCUUAUAUAUUUUGUUUUCAUGAAAGGGGUGAAAAGUAAUUUAUUUUGACACCAUUUUCACUGUAGGCCUACACACGUACAUGGAGUCGGUUUCGUUGGUUUGCCCGGCUGCAUCAUUUAGCUUGAGGACGGUUGCUUCCUGUACAAGUAUUUUUUUAUUUCAAAAAGACAAAAUAGCGUGACAGAGUGUAAAAGAGUUCUGCCCUUUUAUAAUGAAAAAAAAACACCGCUCUCAAAUAUCAUGUCAAGAGGUUUUAUAUUUCCGGUAUUUUUCCUCACUUUCAUUUUCGAAAUCAUAUUAAAUUAACAGAAGCCUAAAAAAAUGGCAUACAAAGUGACAAUUGACAAUUACUUUUUAUUACGAAUUUGUGUCAUGUUAAGUCGAAAGGAAUUAAUUCUGAUAACUAGGAAAAUGAGUAAUGUUAGUCCAACCUCGGACGAAUAAUUCCCGCUAUACUUACUCAAAGCCUGGUAUAUUUGUAUAAUAUAUUCCAUAAUAAAUGUGAGAUCUUUGCUUUA